GCAACCCCACUCCCACUCGCUCUGUGCUGUGCUUUGUGAGAAGACGGAUGUGUUUCUAAAUCUUAGAACCAAAACGUUCUUUAAGCUGGAUUUAUUGUAAAUGGGGGAAAUAUACACCAUUCGUUUUCAACAAAACUCUCACGUUAGUUGUUUACAUAUCGACAACUAAAGUUAUUUGGCGUUAUUUUUUGUGAUUUUUUUUUUUCUCGUAACGGCUGUGAAAAAGAAAAAUGGAGUCAGCGGUUAGCCGCUAUCAAGUGUUGCACAAUGAGGAUGAUCCCUCUGAAACAACCCUUGCUGAAGAGCCUUCCACUUCCUCCCAGGCCGCCGCAGCUACCCACCCUGUCGCUGCGACAUCAGAUGGCGAGGUUCCUCCCCCCUCUUAUGCCAGCUUGGCAUUAGGAGCUACAGCCACUCCAGAGCAUGUGUUUCAGGGGGAUUUUCCUGUUCCACCCCCCUACAGUGUGGCCACAUCACUCCCCACCUAUGAUGAAGUCGAGAAAGCCAAAGCAGCUGAACUUGCAGCCUCGACUGGAGACAGUAUACCACGAGAUGAGGAUUUUCCUCCGCGAGAUGAUUUCAGUGAUGUUGAUCAGCUGCGUGUCGGAAAUGACGGCAUCUUUAUGCUGGCCUUCUUCAUGGCCUUCCUUUUUAACUGGAUUGGUUUCUGCUUGUCCUUCUGUCUCACUAACACCAUUGCCGGCCGUUAUGGAGCAAUUUGUGGAUUUGGCCUGUCACUCAUCAAGUGGAUCCUCAUCGUCAGGUUUUCUGAUUAUUUCACCGGGUACUUUAACGGACAGUACUGGCUCUGGUGGAUAUUUCUGGUUCUGGGUCUCCUGCUGUUCUUUAAAGGUUUUGUGAACUAUCUGAAGGUGAGGAACAUGUCUGAGGCCAUCGCCAGCACACAGAGAGCUCGCUUCUUCUUCCUCUAUUAAAGGAUAACUUCCCUGAGCAUUCCUCCUCAGGGACAGAAAGUGAAUGCAGCAGGAAAGGACAUGAAGAAAAAGAGCUAGAGAGGACAAUAAGGAGUUCUGCAAACCCCCACCCUAUUAUUAAGCCACUCGAGCUUUAUCAAAUCCUUAUUUCAUCCCUGAUACUGAUGAUUUUUGCCAAAAUUCCAUGUAGUUUAAUAAUGAAGUUUGAAUAUUUACUGUUGAGUUACAAUCUACAAACUGCACACAGACAAAUUUAAAACAGAACAAAGAACCCUCAGAAACAUGCAGCCAAGAUGUCCUAUGCAGUUUUCUUAAUUUAAAUGUGAUUUAAACAGUGAUUUGUUGGUCAUUAGCACUUUUUGAAUUAAGGACCUUGGCAAGUUUUAUUGCAGUAUUAGUCUGUGCUUGAUAAUUGUUUAAAUAAUAAGGUCAAACUUCAUGCUGAUGUAUAUUUUUUGCACAUUUUCUGAGAAGUUUCUGAUGCUGUUGUUUGCUUAAUUUUAUUGAAUUGCUUGUGUGAAUUUUAUUUAACUGUGUUCUGAUUAGUUAAAUGCAACAGCCAGUGAAACGGAGAAAAUUUGAGAGGAUUUUGAAAAUGUUCAGGUCCGCCUCCUGUCCAUUUCAUUGGUUCAUAGCCCUAUCCACUUUAAGGAAGUUUGCGUUGAGCUAAUAAAUACUCCCAUGUUUAAGUAUAGAUUAGCAUCAUUAAGAUUUUAAGACUGGAAGUGCAAUUCUCAGAUAUUCUUUUUGUUAUUAGAUUUUUUUUUAAAUUGAUUAAAUAAUGUGUAAAUUUCCUCAAACUGUGAACAGGGAUUAUUGUAGGACAUAUAAACUGCCUAAAUGUGGCAACUGUUCGAUCAGCAAUAGUGGAUGAUUAACAUAGCUCAGUGCAUGGUUAUAACACACAGAUGCGCCAUUUUAAUCUGAAUAAUGAAAUAAAACCUGACAAAAUGCUUGCAAA